AUGUACGCUUUCUUGUUUAAAUACAUUGUCAUUGGUGAUACUGGUGUUGGCAAAUCAUGUCUGCUGCUACAGUUCACCGAUAAGAGGUUUCAACCUGUUCAUGACUUGACCAUUGGUGUAGAGUUCGGUGCCAGAAUGAUAAAUAUCGAUAAUAAACCAAUCAAGCUACAGAUAUGGGAUACAGCUGGACAGGAGUCGUUCAGGUCAAUCACAAGAUCAUAUUAUAGAGGCUCAGCUGGUGCCUUGCUUGUUUAUGACAUUACAAGGCGUGAGACAUUCGAUCAUCUCACUUGUUGGCUGAAGGAGGCUAGAUAUUAUGCGAACAAUAACAUGACAAUCAUAUUGAUCGGAAACAAGUCGGACUUGGAACAGAAGCGAGCAGUGUCAUAUGAAGAAGGAGAGUUUGACAUCAAUAAUGAGACUUUUGGCAUAAAGAUGGGACAGCCUGCGAAUAAGGUGGACGUGGCAUCUGGCGCGCCAGCCGCACAGAAGUCUGGAUGUUGUUAA